GGCAGAGCGCGCUCGAACCGAUAUCGCCUAUAUCUCAGUCGCAUCACACAUGGCCACAACAAGAGGACUGAACCAAGCCGAUUUUGUAUCUACAGGUCGCCAGGUGAAGUUUGCAUUGCGAACAGUCAGCUCAUCUGGACCAAGCCAGACUACUAUUGCUAUCCCAUUUACGAAGACAUUGAGCAGAAGACUCGCCCUGAACUGGAGAACGAUGAAGUAACGGCUUCGCAUUAAAUGCUUGGCAAGGAAGGGGACGACAGAUCGAGCACUCAUCGUAUGAACGAAAUAAAGUUCAUGAAACGUCAAUCAUAACUCAUUGGACCAUCCUCCACCAACUGCUACGCUAAAUUCGGCCCUUAUUUCAGCCACCAUGACUUUCACCGUCCUCUCCGACGCCAACAUACAAUCUCUGCUCCACAACAUCUCUCCAUCCGACGUUCAAACUCUAGCAUCAGCACUCAAUCAAGCCCUUGCCGAAUACUCAUGUAACGAUGAAGUUCCCUACCAACCACACCGCGCGCAUGUCGCGCGACCCAACGGCCAAGUCAGCCUCUUCAUGCCCGCAACAACACCAUCAUCCAUUGGUGUGAAGAUAGUCGGUGUGGCACCUUCUCAAGCUCCUCAACCAGGAGAGAAGCCCAAGCCUGCACUGCGAAGUGUCCUUACGAUUUGCGAUGAGCUAGGUCAGGCGAUAGGCGUGUUGAAUGCGGCAGAGUUGACGGCGUUCAGAACAGCGCUGGGAAGUAUGCUACUGUAUCGGCACCGGAAGAAGACCGAGAACAUCGUUGUUUUUGGAGCUGGCAAGCAGGCAGAGUGGCAUAUUCGCCUUGCUGUCCUCCUGAAAGGGGAUGGUAUCCGGAAGAUUACGGUUGUCAACCGGUCAAGUGCAAGAGCGAGGGAAUUACUUGAUUCACUCGCACAAUCGAAAGUCGGCGAACAUGUCAAGAUGGAGCUUCUCGAUGACAAGGAAGACGCGCUGAAAGGCUUGGUCACAGAAGCAGAUGUCAUGUUUUGCACAACGCCCAGCACGUCUCCCCUGUUCCCGGCUUCCUAUCUCACAUCGGACGCUGGCCUUGCUAAGUCUCGUUAUAUCUCCGCAAUUGGUUCUUACCGUCUAGACAUGCAAGAGAUUGAUCCAGAGCUACUAAAGCAUAUUGGUAACCCCUCCGGUCCCUUCGCCUCCGAAGUCUACCAAGCGUUCAUCACUGUUGAUAGCAUCAAGGGAUGUAUGGACGAGGCUGGUGAGCUAGUAGCAGCGGGACUGAAACCGGAGCAGAUGCUUGAGGUGGGGAAGGUGGAUGGGCUGAGGAAGGAUCAAGGCGUGCAGGAAUGGCUUGAAGAGGGGUUUGUUGUUUAUAAGAGUGUUGGGGUGGGUGUUAUGGAUAUCGCGAUUGGCAAGGCUUUGAUGGAGUUGGCCGCGGAGAAGGGGGUUGGCGUGCAUUUGGAUAGUUUUUGAAACAUUCAGAUAGCUGAAGGUAUCGAGUAGUAUGGAAAUGGUAUCGCUGAUACACGUAAGAACGGGUUUCAUGUUCCCGAACUUUGAGAUCCGCCCGUCAUGGUUGGACAGCAUACCGCUGCGGUGUCGGGCUAUAUCAAAAACCGGUGCAAUCACCGUCAGACUUCGUAUGUUCCGGCGGCGGAUCCGAAGCGAAGAAAAUGCAGAGCAAGCCAUGAACUACAUCCUCAUAGUAUAGUUGGAAUAAGCAGGAAAUUCAACGGCCACGUUGUGUCCGCAUAUGCUGAGAAGACGGCCUUUGGUUGAGCAUAAGUCCGGAUGGUGCUAGGAUGCGAGGCUGCCUCUGUACCUGGCUACCAACACGAAACCUUUGCACCUUGAUGGCGAAUCGCUCAAUAGCUUCGUUGCAUCGGAGUUGGAACGUAGCUGUUGGACCUAAAGUGUAUGAUAGUCGCGGCGCGGAAAAGAGCAAGGAUU